AUUUGGGGUUGUUCUACUUGAGCCAGAUCUCCAAAGAAAAGAACCUGAAUUGUAUUUCGUCCGCAUUCACUCUCCAAAAAAAAUAAAAUAAAUAAAUAAAUAAAAAUAAAAACAGAGAGCCCCUUCCAACACCAACUCACCACAACACCAUUAGAGCAAAUAUCCCAUUUCUUCUUUCUCUUUUCAACGUUCUAACGCGCUUUAUUUCUUUCUUUCUUUCUUUCUUUCCAAAGUCUCCACGAAAGAAAAGAAAAGAAAAAACAAUUGAAGGAGAGAUGGGAGUGAAGAAGGCAACGCCAUUGGAACAACUUAUAAUGAAAGCAGGAGGUUGUGCGGUGGUUGAUGGAGGAUUCGCCACGCAGCUUGAGAGACAUGGUGCCUCCAUUAACGACCCUCUUUGGAGCGCUCUCUGCCUUAUCAAACAACCCCACCUCAUCAAACAGGUUCAUUUGGAAUAUUUGCAAGCCGGUGCAGAUGUUUUGGUCACUUCAUCUUACCAGGCCACCCUUCCUGGGUUUCUUUCAAAGGGAUUUUCCAUUGAUGAAGGUGAAUUGUUACUAAAGAGGAGUGUCAAAUUAGCGGUUGAAGCCCGCGAUAGUUUCUGGGAUGCCAUUGAAGCUACUCCUAAGCAUGGCUAUAACCGAGCUUUGAUUGCAGCCUCCAUUGGAAGCUAUGGAGCUUAUCUCGCUGAUGGCUCAGAAUACAGUGGGAAUUAUGGACCGAAGGUAACUUUGGAUAAGCUGAAGGACUUCCACAGACGUAGAUUGCAAAUUCUUGUGGAAGCAGGUCCUGAUUUACUUGCAUUCGAAACCAUUCCUAAUAAGCUUGAAGCACAGGCAUGUGUGGAGUUGCUUGAAGAAGAAAACAUCGAAAUGCCAUCUUGGAUCUGCUUUAGCUCUGUAGAUGGUGAGAAUGCCCCAUCAGGAGAAAGCUUCAAGGAAUGCCUUGAGAUAAUCAACAAAAGUGACAGAGUACAUGCUGUGGGAAUAAACUGUGCACCUCCUCAUUUUAUUGAAAACCUCAUCUGCAAAUUCAGGGAGAUAACAGAUAAACUAAUUGUUGUUUAUCCUAAUAGUGGUGAAAUAUGGGAUGGCAGAGCUAAGAGAUGGCUGCCUUCAAAGUGUUUCGAUGAUGACAAAUUCGAGUGUUUUUCAAGAAGAUGGCGUGAUUCGGGAGCUAGCUUAAUUGGAGGAUGUUGUAGAACAACGCCUUCCACUAUCGAAAGAAUUUCAAAGGCUUUGAAACAAAGGCUCUGAAACAAAGGCACUAGUUAUUAUAAACAAACGCUCUACUUAUUUAACAGCCUUCGCCAUAUCCACUAUCUCGUCUAGCAAAGAUCCAGAAUUCAAAUUUUCAUACCCCCAAUAUAGAAAAAUAAUAAAGAAUAAUAAUGAACAUUUAUAAUCUUUCCAAUGAUUAUAGUUUUAGUCGUUUAUGGUGCACUAUUCUUACUCGUUUUGCUUUA